AUAAAAGGCUUCAGACCUGUGGUAUUUUAUUAUUUAAGUGAGAAAUGUCCUCUUUCUCAAAAACUACGUUACUUCGUAGGGAGCUGUUUCCGGCUCUCCAUUUGCUCGUUACCAAGUAAGUUUUUAUGCUUACAAUUAUUAUUUUAAGUAUUACCAAUAGUAUGUCCAGUGCCUUUAAUAUAACUCGGUUACAAAAAUAUGAGUCGGAAUUCACUUUGGGUGACAGCUCCAUUUGAAACAGGCAAGGUUUUGUGUUCUACAAAAAAAUAUGUGUAUCUAACAAAGUACGUCACUUCGGAGCUGACCAAUCAUAACGCAGAAUUGGACGCUUACGUCACUGCAAAGUUUAUCAAAUGGCAUCUAUUGUGCCCGAAAACCAGUGCAUGUGCAUAUUCUUUACAUUACAUUUAAGACAGGGGACCAGGUCUCCAUUUACCUCAUCAUUCAAGGCGCUGUUUUGGGGUCUUGUGACGUCACGUCAAAACGUGUUUACAGGCUUGUUUUUGCAUGGGUUCCCACAGUUAUUGCCAUUAAUAAAUACCGUCAACGAGAAAACGCAUGGUAUGCGCGCGUUAGGUACAAUUUGCAAUUAUUUCUUUGCAAUUACCAGAGAUGGGAAAUUCGUCACACAAAAACUUUGGCCUUGUUUAAUUAGAGUCCAAUGCAGUUCUUGUCGGCGCGGAAAAGACACUUUUGUGUUUGCUUUGAAGAAAACAAGUCACAAUCAACAAUCGCGCCGGACUAGUACAUGUGCUAGUUCAUUACCGCCUAUUCUGGUCACAGUGUUUUGUUCAAUGAGAGAAGUGACAAUGUCUACAAAUGAUGCAUGACGUUCAUCAUGAAUUCAUUAUGAGGUAGUGUAGAGGAUCAACCAAUGAGCAGAGUGUUCGUGGGAAGGCUGAACCAAUCACAAGAAAGGACACCUUUUUUUUAUUGAUUUGGAAAACAAAUCACAACAAAGAAUCUCACCGGACUUGUUUCAUGUACUUGCCCAGUUCAUUACUGCCUAUUCUGAUGGUUUGUUUUGGUCAAUGAGAAGUGACAAUGUCUCUUAAUGAACGACGUGCAUCAUGAAUUAUUCAUGACGUAGUAGAGACUAUCAACCAACGAGGAGAGUUUACGUGUAAGGCUGAACCAAUCACAAGGGAGACAACUUUCACGCCGGACUUGUUGCAGUACACGUCCCAGUUUAUUGCAACCUAUUCUGAUAGGGUUUUUGUUCAAUGAGAGAAGUGACAGUGUCUCUUAAUAAACGACGUGCAUCAUGAAUUAUUCAUGAUGACGUAGAAGAGAUGAUCAACCAAUGUAAUGUACUGUACAUGGUAACUUGGUAAGGCUGAACCCAUCAUCAGCGAGUUAUCCAUCGCCGUUUUUAGUCUGGAUGCCGUGCUGGUUUGAUGCAGAUUUCGGAGGCUACCAUAAUCUCUCCCGUUUCACCUGACACACAUUAUUGCUCAGUUAUCAUACCACUCAAUCACUCACGAUCACCCACUCACUCGACCACAGGCGGGCUUGGGAAUGGCUUCUCCAAGGAAUUAUGUCUUGCAUGAGGGUGGCCAGUUCUCAGGUUGAUUCUACAGCGGUGUCAUUUUGAAGCACCCCGGUGUAUUAAGACAUUGUUGAUCUUCUUCGUCCCCGGUGUCCGUGAGUUUUUGUUUUUAGAGAAUGACUUUGUAUGCCUCCACAUUCUAGGCAUAUCGGCUUGGCUUAUUAUACCGAUUUUCUGCUCAUUAAUCAGUUCAAAAUGAAGAGUGUAUCAACUGAAACGCUGGUCCCUCUUCUGGCUUUGAUGUUUAUGCAAAUGAAUGUUGUAACCACCACUCACUGCGGUUCAACCGCCCAGACCAUGUACUCUGCCGAAAACCGGGCACUGAUGACAAAGCACACCUACGAGACGAAGUUCUCCCCGAAUCGUGUACGUUGCGCACGUGAUUGCAGCGUAGACACACGCUGUAAAUCGUUUAACUACGCCAAAGCCUCUGCUGUCUGCGAGUUGAACAAUUCCACGCGUUCCGAGCAUCCUGGUUACUUCACCGAGCAUCAGAACAGCAUGUACUUUGAUCAUGACGUGGCGACAUCUCUAUUCUCGUUGCCGAUGGCUCGUUACAGUAGUUGCAGCAUGAUGUUGGACGCCGGUUACUACAAGACGAGCGGGGUGUAUACGAUCUACCCGGACGGCUUCUCCGGUGGUCCGCUCCGAGUUUACUGUGACUUGGAGAGCGACGGCGGAGGCUGGAUCGUCGUUCAGAGGCGGCAGGACGGCAGCGUGGAUUUCUACCAGGACUGGGCGCAGUACAAGUUCGGCUUCGGCGACAUGUCGGGGGAGUUGUGGUUGGGCAAUGACAACCUUUUGAAGCUGACCUCGUCAUCAGGAGGAGACGACCUCACGUGGGAGCUACGCAUGGAGCUUCAGGACAGGGACGGUAACUCGGCAUUCGCAAAGUACACGGACUUCAAGAUAUCAGGCGAGAAUUACACUCUUGAUAUCGGGGAAUACGACGUCCGCAGCACGGCCGGAGAUUCAUUCGGAUACCACCGGGGCAGACCCUUCUCGACUAAAGACAACGACAACGACGAUUCGGAAUUGGUCAACUGUGCCCAAGACCGCAAGGGGGCCUGGUGGUUCGGAUCGUGUCUGCACUCUCAUUUCAACGGAGAGCACAUCGGAGUUGGGCAAGAAUCCACAGUUGGGCUCUAUCAGGUGAAGAAGGGCAUCGUGUGGUAUAACUGGCUGGAGCAAUGUGCACCCGUUCAGAAAUGCACCAUGAAAAUACGGCAAAAGUUUUUCUAAGAGGAGCGUACAUUGCAUAAUAUGACGUCAGGAGACCCAAACAGCGCCCUCACGUGGGUGAAUGAGGA